CCACUUCAAGGAGGCGACUCAGCCUGAAGAGCUCCGUCAGUCACAGAGGAGACCUGCUGGAUCUCAGAGACCAGGACCAAGAGCGGGAUGGAGGAGGACAACCAGGACCCGGAGCCCCGGAGCAACAACGUCCCCGGAGGACAAACAGCAGGCUCGAGCUCUGAUAGCACCGAUGUUCAGAAACGGGGAGGAAAAGAGGGACUCAAAUUUAACCACUGUCAGCUCGGUGACAAAUCCUUUACAACAUCUUUGUAUUUAAAGAUUCAUCAGAAACUUCACACUGGAGGGAAACCAUACAGCUGCAACCAGUGUGGGAAAACUUGUACUACAUCACGUGGCCUAAAAACCCACCAACGUGUUCACACUGGAGAGAAACCGUACAGCUGUGACCAGUGUGGAAAAACAUUUACUACAUCAUGUGGCCUAAAAACCCACCAACGUGUUCACACUGGAGAGAAACCGUACAGCUGUGAACAGUGUGAAAAAACAUUUGCUCAGUCAGGUCACCUAAAAAACCACCAACGUGUUCACACUGGAGAGAAACCGCACUGCUGUGAACAGUGUGGAAAAAUGUUUACUACAUCAUGGGGCCUAAAAACCCACCAACAUGUUCACACUGGAGAGAAACCGCACUGGUGUGAACAUUGUGGAAAAACGUUCAACACAGCAAGUGAGCUAAAAGUCCACCAUCGUGUUCACACUGGAGAGAAACCGUACAGCUGUGACCAAUGUGGAAAAAAAUUUGCUCAAUCAAGUCAGCUAAAAAACCAUCAACGUGUUCACACUGGAGAGAAACCACACUGCUGUGAACACUGUGGAAAAACUUUUACUACAUCUUGUAGCCUAAAAAACCACCAACGUGUUCACACUGGAGAGAAACCGUACUGGUGUAAACAGUGUGGAAAAACUUUUACUACAUCAAGUGAGCUAAAAAACCACCAACGUGUUCACACUGGAGAGAAACCGUACUGGUGUAAACAGUGUGGGAAAACUUUCACUCAAUCAGGUCACCUAAAAAACCACCAACGUGUUCACACUGGAGAGAAACCGUACAGCUGUAAACAGUGUGGAAAAACUUUCACUCAAUCAGGUAACCUAAAACAUCACCAACGUGUUCACACUGGAGAGAAACCGUACAGCUGUGACCAGUGUGAGAAAGCUUUCAUUCAUUAUCGUUACCUAAAAAGACAUAAAAGCAUUCACACAGCAUCGCUUAAAAAAAUAAAUAAAAUUUAAGCAAAGUUAUCUCUUUUCUCCCAACUACCUUUAAUGUGACUGUGUUGGACUAACAUCAUGUAAUGAAAACUGAGAAGUUGCAUUGCGGGCUGAUGGUGGACUGGAGCAAGAGUUUCCGAGUGGUGAGUUAUUAAUCUGUAACAAAAGUAUCUUUCAUCCAUAAAGUUUUAACUGAGCUCUGUCUCUACAUCACAGGAACAACUUUAUGUCCACUGACGGCCUGGAGGGUAGCUAGUGUUUGGAAGGGAGGAGAGGUGUGUUCUACAUCUCAGUGUUUUUCCACCGGUGUUUUUGAGGGAGGUUCGGACUAGUCGCUCAGCGAGCAUCACAAGAAAGGGAAGUAAAGGCGGCACUACAAAUUAGCUGUUUUCAGGCUGUUCAGAGCAGUGUUUUCUGUGGGAGACGGGAACUCCCUUUGGGCUGGACUUUGGGCUUUUUCACUUAGCAAACUUAGUACAUGCACAAAAAAGAUAUACAACUCAAAAAGGAGAGGGAAAAAGCAUAAUACCACCUCUUUAAUCAUUUCUGACACGCCGACUGUAACUGUAAGCACCGACAGCUUGCAGAUAUAUUUAGAAUACUUGAGAAACUAUAGUUUAAUGGCUCAUUAACUGUUCACUCCCUCCCAGCAUAUUUAAAAGAUGUAGCAGAGGACUGCACAGGACAACCACUGUAGGUCUUGUGUCUACAAAGUGUGACGAACUGAGCAACACUCUGAGUUUUUGGAGCAGCCAUGAGCAGCUGCUGCCAGACUGUCCGUGCUCCUCUGGAGCUUGAUCGUCACUAGAAACAAACUCAUGGCAGCCCAGUACGGAGGCUUGAGUUUAGACUGAUUUAUUACAGAUGUGUUUCUCGAGUUCAAGAAUGAAAUAUUGUUUCUCUGAGCAUUAUGCAUAUUUUCUUGUUGUUGUGUUGUAGUUGAACAUAUUUUCCUCCUUUCUGGAAUUUUCAUUUCAUCUUUAUUUUAUAUCUGUAUUCACUGUUUGUAUUUUCUUUUGAUUCUACUUUAUUAUGUCAACACAUAUCAAUGAUACUUUUCUUAUUAUUUUCUUGACAGCUUUUAAACUUUUUGUUAUGUAUAUUCAAUUUGAUUCAAAUCUAUUUCUCAGAAAAUUUUAAUAUCAUGGAAAAGUAAUUUUUUUUUUUUAAUAAUCUGAGCUGGAGACUUG